AGCGAUCCUCUUGUGGUUGUGGAUCAUGAGUAGCUCAGAGAUUCCAGGAGCAAAGGGCGUCUGUUACCGAGUCUACGACAGAGGUUGACGGCGUGCAGCAGUGGAGAUUCACCUCUCUGUUCUGAUCGAUGCGUCUGAUGAUGGGGAAGGUGGAGAGCAAGGCGAAGGGGUUGGUGCGGAAGACGCUGGAGCGGUGGCGGAGCAAGAGCCGGAGGCGGGGGGCGGCGGUGCCGCCUGAGGGGUGGUUGGCGGUGCGCGUUGGCGCGGCGAAGGAGCGGUUUGCGGUGCGCGCCGAGUGGCUGAACCACCCGCUGUUCAGAGGGCUGCUGGCUGAGGCGGAGACGGAGUUCGGCUACGCCGCCACCGCGGGGCCGCUGGAGCUCCCCUGCGGCGUCGAGCUGUUUCGCGAGGUACUGCGGGAGUUGGAGCGGGAGGAGGCGGAGGAGCGACUGUGGUCUCCCCGGUGCAGCUUCGCCGUCGGCCACGCGGCUAGAGAAUUCUUCCUCCUGAGCCCGGCCCGGCCCGACCCGUGA